AUGAGUCAGCAGAAGGUCCAGCAGAGAUUCCAGGAGAGAGAGAAGGAGCUGAAGGAGCUCAAACAGGCUGUGGAGUCUUUCAAGCUCUCUCUCUCUCUCUCUCUCUCUCUCUCUCUCUCUCUCUGUCCGUCCCUCUCUCUCUCUUUGUCCGUCCCUCUCUCUCUCUCUGUCCGUCCCUCUCGCUCUCUUUGUCCGUCCCUCUCUCUCUCUCUCUCUCUCUCUCCAGAGGUAUCAGUGUCUCUCUCUCUCUCUCUCCAGAGGUAUCAGUCUCUCUCUCUCUCUCUCUCCAGAGGUAUCAGUCUCUCUCUCUCUCUCUCUCCAGAGGUAUCAGUCUCUCUCUCUCUCUCUCUCUCUCUCCAGAGGUAUCAGUCUCUCUCUCUCUCUCUCCAGAGGUAUCAGUCUCUCUCCAGUAUCAGUGUAUCUUCAGACUUACCCAGCAUCGUUGUCCGUCCUCUUCAGUACUUUGGAGAUGUGAGUCAGACUGUGUCUGAACUGAGAGAGAAACUAGAAGACUUCCUUAAAGGAGAAUGGACCAAGAUCUCCACUACAGUGAAUGUAGUGGAUGUUGUACUGCCUCCAGAGCCCAAGACCAGAGAACAGUUGUUACAAUAUUCCUGUCAGCUCACACUGGACCCAAACACAGCACGCACACACCUCUCUCUGUCUGAAGGGAACAGAAAGGUGACCAGUACAGACCAAGUCCAACCAUAUCCUGACCAUCCAGACAGAUUCACCUACUGGUGGCAGGUUCUGUGUAGAGAGGGUCUGUCUGGACGCUGUUACUGGGAGGUGGAGAGGACUGGUGGUGUUGCUACAGCAGUCUCAUAUAAAGACAUCAGCAGAACAGAGAGAGAUGGUAGAUUUGGAUACAAUAACAAGUCCUGGAGUUUAAAGUGCUCUAGUGAUGGUUAUUGUUUCAGACACAAUAAUGUUGAGACUAAAGUAUCAGGCCCUCAGUCCUCCAGAGUAGGAGUGUACCUGGAUCACAAGGCAGGUACUCUGUCCUUCUACAGUGUCUCUGACACAAUGACCCUCCUCCACAGAGUCCAGACCACAUUCACUCAGCCCCUCUAUCCUGGGUUUGGUCUCACUGGUUCUGCUGAGCUGGUUAAACUGUAAACUGAUUUGUUAUUAAUUAAAAUUCAAUGCAAUGUUUUAAUCUUG